AUGGCGGCGCUGGCGACGAACGGGAGCGGGGCGCCCUGGAGCGGCGGCGGUGGGCAGCCUGGUGUGGCGUUCGGGAGGCAGAAGCAGUCGGAGUGGACCGGCGUGCGGCCCCGGAAGUCGGGCCGGUGGGCGGCGGAGAUCCGCGUGCCCGCGACCCGCGAGAAGCUAUGGAUCGGCACGUUCGGGAGCGACCGGCUGGCGGCGCUCGCCUACGACGCCGCCGUCUUCUGCUUCUACGGCGAGGACCUGCCCAAGACGCGCAGGUUCAACUUCCCCGUCGCGCCGCGCCCCGACGUCCCCGAGAUCCUGUGCGGCCAUCUCAGCGUCGCCAGCGUGAAGGCGAUCGCCGAGCUUCACGCCCGCACCGUCGACGCCCUCCUCCCGCCGGUGUGCGACGCGGCCGCAGCUCUGGCGGCGGUGGCGGCGACGGAGGCUGGUCCUUCUGCCGGCGCUACCCCGACCACCAUGGCUGACAACAGCAACCUCGUCGUGGCAAGUGCUGUUGACGAGGACCAAUUCUCCUUCGACCCCGACGUGAUCGCCGGUUUGAUGGGCCUCGUGCCCGACGAGUACUGA